AUCUCCGUCAUUUCACCCCAAGAGAACAAAGCCUAAAGGUUGGAAUAGUAUGACUCUAUUCUUAGGCCACGAAAAGCCUACAAACUAAUGAAUGAAAGAUUGUCUCUGUCACUUUCAGGUACAUUCUCAACUGCUGUAACUAUCUUCAACAAUGGCUACCAAUUCGGUUUUAUCAUCUUCCUUUCGAUUUGUCACUACCACAAUCCCUCUCUCCCUCUUCCCCAAAACCCCAACUUUCCUUCCUUCUCUAAGAAAAACUCUCUUCUCUAAAUCCAUCACCUUCCAGAGACUUCCAUCAUCACCACCGCCGCCGCCGCCAUCAUCAUCGUCAUCAUCAUCACCGUUCUCAUCAUCCAAUUCCCUUCAACCCAUCGAAGACCUUCCCCCGAAGCUCCAAGAAAUCGUCCACCUUUUCCAAUCCGUCCACGAACCCAAGGCCAAAUACGAACAGCUCCUCUUCUAUGGCAAAAACCUCAAACCCCUCGAGCCCCACUUCAAAACCAACGACAACAAGGUCCAAGGUUGCGUCUCCCAGGUCUGGGUCCGAGCCUACCUCGACCCCAACCGCGACGUCAUCUACGAAGCCGACUCCGACUCCGUCCUCACCAAAGGCCUCGCCGCGUUGCUCGUUCAGGGCCUCUCGGGUCGACCCGUUGGUGAAAUCAUUCGGGUCACGCCAGAUUUCGUCACGCUGUUGGGGUUGCAGCAGAGCCUGACCCCCUCGAGGAACAACGGGUUUUUGAACAUGCUUAAAUUGAUGCAGAAAAAGGCGCUUAUGCUGUACGUGGAAGCUGAAAGGGGUGGUGAGUUCACUGAAUUGAAGUCACCCGAGUCGAAUUCUGAUAGCAUUGUUGAAAAUCCUUCAAGGGGUGGAGAAAGUUCUGAACUUGGUGAGGGUGAUGUUGGUUUGGAUUCUGAGGGUGGUGUGGAAUUGGGAGGGAGGGGGAAGAGGAUAAGGGAGAAGUUGCAGAAGGAGCUUGAGCCUGUUGAGUUGGAGGUUGAGGAUGUGUCUUAUCAGCAUGCGGGGCAUGCUGGGGUUAGAGGGAGUGAUGGAGAAACGCAUUUCAAUGUUAAAGUUAUGUCUAGGGAGUUCGAAGGGAAGAGUUUGGUUAAGAGGCAUAGGCUUAUUUAUGGCCUUCUGCAAGAGGAGUUGGAAACUGGAUUGCAUGCCUUGUCUAUCGAGGCGAAGACGCCGGCUGAAGUUGAAGGAUGAGAGUUCAUUAGGCUGCAAGAGAGGUCAAGGUUUUCUGAGUUUUGUUUGUUGAACCAUAAUGGUGCUCGGUAUUGUUAGAAGGGUUAUUGUGAACAAGUCCCGUGCCAUUGUUACCUAAAUUUCUCUGCAAACGGAGGAUUUAACUAAGGUUCCCCAUAUAUCAGAAGAUGUAAAGGCGAUGGUCAGAUCAGAUGCAAAGGUUUUAUUGGAAAGAUGUUCCCCACUAUUUCUUGUCCUGUUGGAAAGUCAUAUGCAGAAUUGACUCUAGAAUUCAACCUCAAACAUAUGCUGCUGUUGUGUUUAGGUUGCUGAAGACUAAUAUAUAGUUUCUACCUCUAUGGUAGAGGUGGUGCCACCAAGUGGAUGGCUGUCAGAAUUGGAAACCAAAGUGAUCAAAAAGUCAAAUAGAUCAGUGGCUAUAAUUGCAGAGGUCAAAUCCUCUUUGUGCAGAGUCCUCCUUUUGCCUUGGAUGGCCAUGAUCCAGGACCUUCUAGUAAGUUCCUCAAUGAAGAGCUCACAAGCCUUGGAGAAGAUAAUUGGAGCCUCCCCUGAUAUCAUUUUAACAUCAUCCCCUGACUUCUUCAUGAUCUUCUUGAUCCUUGCCAAGGGCAGAGAGUGGGGUCCUGUCCUUCCUGAUACCCCUCCACACAGUAACCCUGAAUAUGCACCAGCUUGUCUCAUAUCUGUUCUACUUCACUCCUAUGUGCUUCUGAGUUAAUUUCAGCUUCAAUGCUCUCUGAUAUACUCUUAAUUCUAGCUUCAGUGUUAUAUAUACACCAUUUUCAUUGAAUCUUUCAUAGUUUCACUCCAAUAACAUGGCCGGCCAAGCCUGCUUUUAGCUCACAAAUUGGAGUUUUAAUAAAUAUCUAUGAUGAAUUCUUAAUUAGACUCUUUGACUGCAAGACUUUUAUACUAUUUAUAUAUUUGUUGCU